GUUUAUCGACAUGGGGAAGGUGUACCGCCAGUCCAACCUGGAGAACCUGGAACAGGCUUUUUCAGUGGCAGAGCACGAACUUGGGGUCACACGACUGCUUGACCCAGAGGAUGUGGAUGUGCCUCAUCCUGAUGAGAAGUCCAUCAUCACCUAUGUGUCCUCCCUUUACGACGCUAUGCCACGUGUCCCAGACGUCCAGGACGGCGUCAAAGCCAAUGUGAGCAUUUCCCUCAUCAUUUCAAAAUGACGUAAUUCCCACUUAACGACCCAGUUCCAGACUUAGGCGGUCAGCACAUAGUCCAGUUAAU